AUGGGCGCGUCCCAUCUGUUCUGGUGGCGCCGGGAGUACUACCCGCCCCGCGAGGCGUGCUGCCCCAACAAUCCGGACCCCAGCUGCGACUGCACCUGGGGCGGCUACAAGUACGGCGAGCUGCCGCCGCCCUCUGCGUACGAGAACAUCUUUGCGGAUGAGUGCGACGGCUUCACUUCCAUCAACAGGGCGUAUUACCGUAUGAGUGGCGGCCAGAUCACCUUUGAGUCCAACGCUACCAAGCCCGGCGGCCCCGACGGCAGCGGCGGCCGCGUCGACGUGUACGGCUGGGCCACCCUCAGCUCGAUGCGCAACGACACCAACAUCUGCGCUGACUGGUGCAGCGACGCGAUGCUGCAGCUGGGAGUUGGGGAGGCGACGCACCAGCACGUGGUGUGCUUCCCGCUAUACAAGCCCGACCAGCCCGCGGGGGCGCCCGCCGUGUGCGACAGCGCGUGCCCCAACGGUGGCGAGUGCGCCGCGUCAUGCCCGGACGACCGCGCGUACCGCGGCCUGCCAGGGUGCGGCUGCGGCACCUGCUACUGGGCCUGGGGCGGGCAGUGGAGCUGCGGGCUGGCGUCGCAGCGGCGCCGCCAUACGACGGGGUUUGCGGCGCCCGUGGGCACCGUGGGGCGUGGCGGGCCCAUCACCAUGGUGGAGGGCCACAAGGUGUACAUAGCCCACGAGGGCUGGCUCAGCCAGCACCUCAUGCAGACGGUCCAGGCAAGGAACAAGCAGGCCACCUUUGUGCUGCGGGACACCAACGCGGCGCCGCCCCUUGGCCCGGACGGCAAGCCCGCGCGCCCCAAGGGGGACGUACUACUGGUCAGGAUCGCCAUUGAUGCCGCGCUGCCAGCCGCCUACGCCUGCCCCUGCGGCAGCGGCGCCUGCGACGGCGCCGCCGGCUGCUUGCGGGACGACCAGUGCGCCGCGGGCCCGUGCUGCAUCGACUCGGGCUGCGCGGACGGCGGGUUCCAGUUUUACUACGCAGAGUUCAGCCGCUUCCCGGUGGCGGGCGAUUACGGCGGCCCAGACCUGUCCGGCGUCGCGAUCCGCGCCGGCGGCGCCCUGCGCGACUGCGAAUCGACGCGGCUCGUGCCGACACACACUGUCAACGGCGCGGCACAAUACGCGUUGACCCAGCCGGACCCUGCGGGGAAGCUGCCCGGCAGCUGGUUCGAGGACACGGUGCGGCGGGUCAUCGUGAGGCUCGACGGCAUGGGGACUGACUGGGCGCAAAUAUCCGUGCUGCGGUAUUAG